UUGAUGGACGGGGCAACGGCAGCAGACCACGCGAAGCUGUUGUAAGCGGUCUGAGUUUAUUUUCACACGCGUUUACGGUUUUACACACGUUACUUGUGAUUAAUUUCGUGGUUUUUAAAUACUGUUAACUAGAUUUUAUUAUUUAUAUGGCUGUAAAGCCAUUUAAUGUCAUGUAAAUCAUUCAUAUACAAGAUGUGAAUUUUGAGUUUUCAUCGUUACAAAGUGCCGCGAGUGUUUGUGAUUGUUUUUGUGAAUAUCUUUUGGAUUAUCAAAUAUAAUAAGUAUUUUGAUUUUUGCGAGAAGUUCGAAGCACUUGUGAUCAAUCGAUGGCGAGACUCCUUCUGCAGAGGAUCUUCAAGUCAGCUAUACCUAACUGCUGAGGGUCUUCGUAGCGUCACGAGUGACCUGGAUCGUAUGAAAUGUUGAAACUGCAAUUGUCUGAGUGAAAGUGUCGUGACCCGGCACAGCCUAUGGCUCACCUCUUCCUCUUUUGUUUCUUUUCUUGAGAAGUGCAUGCUGAUCGUAAAUAAAGAUCUCACCCAUAGCAAGCUAUUACUCUCAUAAAUUGUAAAACAACAAUUGGAAUAACUUAAGUCGCAAUGAUUGGAAGGAAAAAAUUAGAUCAUCUUCAUUGCACUUUAUAUUAUACCUGCUUCAAUGUUGGAUAGUCAAAUUUAGUAUGAAGUAUGACUGACUAUUUGGAUCCGCAUUUCGUCCGAGCACUCUGCCGUGAUCCGGACAGAAGGACAUUACAGGAUCUUCAAAUAAUUUAUUACGGUUUGCUGGGACUUGAAGCGUUAAGACCAUGCAGAGAUUCGAUUCUACGUGGACUCUGUAAAGUUGUGAGAUAUGAACGACAUUACGCUAAUCAUGUUCUCUACUAUACUGGAGAAUUGGCAACCUGUUGGUAUAUCCUGUUAUCUGGCUCGGUAUUCAUCGAUGGAUCGAUGUUUCUGCCUCGUUCAAGCUUCGGCAAACGAACUGGAGGCAGUGCCAGGAGACCCAACGAAUGCUUCGUCCUCGAGCCCUCCGAGAUGAUUGUCAUCGACUAUCCAGAAGUUCACGGAGGUGGAAGGAUGCAUCGCCCACCGCACCCCCAUCCCAUCUCGGAUCAUCGUCAGGUCAACUUGGUGUUUGAUGAUACGUUCACACAAGGCCUGACUGGUAGGCCAGAAUUGUACCAGAAGUCAAACAGAAGUAGUCAUUCCAGCGAUACAAGUUCUGCAUACAGUGGAUCAGACACAAUGACUUCAGUGCAAGGUUCUUUGGAUGCAGACAAUGACGAGGUCGACUUCUCGGGGCUCGUUGAGUCGAUAGUCGACAGCGAUGAGGAGGAAGAUCUUGCAGAAAGCAUGGAUAGCUUAACUGUACGUGAUACAGUACGUGAAUGCUUGGAGAAAGAUCCCGCAGAAAGAACCGAGGAAGAUAUUGAGAUACUUUUAGAGUUCACUCAGCAUUUAAAAGCAUUCACGAAUAUGACCUUGGCCGUGAGACGUGCGCUGUGCGCUGUGAUGGUCUUUGCAGUUGUAGAGAGUGCUGGGAUGGUUGUUCUAACUGAUGGAGAAGAGUUAGAUAGUUGGAGUGUACUGAUAAACGGUGCAGUUGAGAUUGAGCAUAGUAAUGGCGAAAUCGAACAAUUGCAUCUUGGUGAUAGUUUUGGAAUUUUGCCAACUAUGGAGCGAUUGCUACACAGAGGAGUUAUGCGAACUAAGUGCAAUGACUGCCAAUUUGUGUGCGUCACGCAGGCCGAUUACUUUAGAAUCCAACAUCAAGGUGAAGAGAACACGCGGAGGCACGAGGAAAACGGAAGAGUCAUUUUAGUAACUGAACUACGAGGUGCUCUUGAUGGUGGAACUCGUAGAGGGCAUGUUGUUAUUCGGGGGACACCAGAAAGACUCAUGUUACAACUCAUUGAAGAAAACAGUAUCACAGAUCCAACAUAUGUUGAGGACUUUUUAUUAACCCAUAGAACAUUCAUUGAUAAUCCAUUAUUAGUCGCGGAUCAACUCUUGGAAUGGUUUGGACAACCACAAGUGAGAGAUCGGGUUGCUCGUGUGGUACUUUUAUGGGUUAACAACCAUUUCACGGAUUUUGAGACCGAUCCGGCAAUGAUGGAAUUUUUAGAAGCAUUCGAGGCUGGCCUUGAGCGAGAAAAAAUGCAGGGUCAACAGAGAUUAUUAAAUAUUGCUUGUGCAGCGAAAGCGAGGACGCGAACAAUAACACUAGCAAGGCCUUGUAGAGACGAGGUGCUAAAUUUCAGUAUAUUAGGAGGAUAUGAGAGAGGAUUUGGUAUUUUUAUUUCCAAAGUAGAUAAACAUUCGAAAGCAGAAGAUGUAGGAUUAAAAAGAGGUGAUCAAAUUUUAGAAGUAAAUGGCCAACGAUUUGAACAUGUCAGUCAUGCGAGAGCAUUAGAAAUAUUGCGUGGAUCAACGCAUCUCAGUAUUACAGUUAAAUCGAAUUUAUUAGCAUUCAAAGAGAUGUUACAAAUGCCAGACAAUUCACCACGGCCACGUGGAAGAGUAAAUAAACCAGAAGUGCCGCGAAUACCAAGUGAUCCACGAGUCAGAUUGUCAACACACGUAGACCCAUUAACUCCAGCAGGUCAAUUAAAUCCAAUGGUGGGUGGAGUUCCUUUGUUAAUACCUGAUAACAAUGUAUCACCUUGCAAAGAUGCUAAAAAGGAGCAUAAAGGAUUCAUGACACUUGGACCUAAACGAAGAUUCCAAAAAGCUUUGAUGAAGAUGAAUAUAUUGCCAAAGAACAUAAUAAAUGAUGGAAUGCACGCGGAUGAUUCGUUAGCGCCUCCUCAUACACCUCCUGGAACAGGAUUAUCUCAAACUUCAAACCUUUAUCAUUCUCGAAGUAAUCCAGAUUUAACAUCAAUUUAUUAUGACGAUUUACGGGCACCUGAUUAUCCAGAACAUGUUCUGAAGGUUUUUAAAGCGGAUCAGACUUGCAAAUAUCUCCUUGUACACAAAGAAACGACUGCACAUGAGGUUGUAAUGCUCGCGUUACAAGAAUUCGGGAUCACGGAAAGUAGUUCGAACUUCUCUUUAGCUGAAGUGAGUGUUGCUGAAGGUGGUAUGAUUAAACAACGAAGGUUACCAGAUCAAUUACAAAAUUUAGCAGAGAGAAUAGGACUCAGUUCAAGGUAUUAUUUAAAGACAAAUGGGGUGUCUGAAACUCUAGUAGCUGAUGAACAAGCUCCUGAAUUAGUUCGUGAGUCUCAAGUGCAUUUUCUCCAAUUAAAUGCUGUGGAGGUUGCAAUUCAAUUAACCCUUCAGGACUUUAGUAUAUUUAGACAAAUAGAAUCUACUGAGUAUGUUGAUGAUUUGUUUGAGCUUAAGAGUAGGUAUGGUGUACCUAUGCUUAGCCAGUUUGCGGAACUAGUCAACAGAGAAAUGUUUUGGGUAGUGACAGAAGUUUGUUCUGAGCAUAAUCUUGUUAGGCGAAGCAAGAUUAUCAAGCAGUUUAUUAAAAUUGCCCGUCAGUGUAAAGAGUGUAAAAACUUUAAUUCAAUGUUUGCGAUCAUUUCUGGUCUUGGACAUGGUGCAGUGUCAAGAUUGAGGGCUUCCUGGGAAAAAUUACCUAGCAAAUAUCAGAGACUAUUCAGUGAUUUGCAAGAAUUGAUGGAUCCUAGCAGAAAUAUGAGCAAAUAUCGACAGCUGGUUGCUUCAGAGCAAACUCAACCACCAAUCAUACCUUUUUAUCCAGUUGUCAAGAAAGAUUUAACAUUCAUUCAUCUCGGAAACGACUCAAGAGUAGAAAACUUGGUUAACUUUGAAAAGCUCAGAAUGAUUGCAAAAGAAGUCAGAACACUGACAAACAUGUGUUCAUCACCGUACGAUUUGCUCACAAUGUUAGAACGUGGUGGACAACCACCAAGUUCUGCAAUGGUAGCAUUAAAUCAAAUGACUACAGGUAAUCAGGGAGGACAAACGGCCACCGUUAAGAGACGGAAGAAAUCAGCAGCUGCUCCAAAUCCAAAGAAAAUGUUUGAAGAAGCUCAGAUGGUGAGAAGAGUAAAAGCUUAUUUAGCUAACAUGAAAGUUAUCACAGAUGAAGAGCGUUUGCACGCGUUAUCUGUCGAGUGUGAGCCACAUGCAGGUACAGUAGCAAUUGCUGCUGCAGUACCUCUUGGUGGUAGUCGAGGUAGACGUCAUCCAUCUCCCACUUUAUCAACUACCAGCAGUGCGAGUAGUACUAGUGAAGGCAGAAAAAGUAUACAAGGUACAAAAUUCGGUGCAGCAUCUCCACAAGCAGUUAGAAAGAUGUUAGCAUUGUCAGAUCCUCACAAAACACGACCGUACCAGCCAAAACAUUGUCCUCCAGCACUUCCAGUACCAGGAUUGUCUCUUCACUCAAGUGGACUAGAACCAAGUCCUGGUGCGCCUAGAAGAGUUGGUUCAGGAAGUCGAGUGCCAAUGCAUGAAAGGUCACACAGUGAUACACCUUCAGGUCUUCCACCUCCGGUUGAUCUUAGUGCUGAGAGCAGUAGUGUCACUAGUCUGAGUAAUCUUCAACCUUUAAGAAAAACCUUAACUAGUGGUUCGGUGACGAGCAGUGACAGUGGUCACUCUACACAGUUGGAUAGCCACAGCGGGAGCAGCGUGGAAGCUGGUGGGAGUCCACCACCACCACAGAGACGUCAUUCUUCGAUGCAAGGUCCUGGUGGAGCGAGCAUUGGACUUGGCAUAGGACUUCCAGGACCUCUACAUCAAAGUGGAGGAUCUUAUUUGAUGAAUAACUCGAUGACGACGAUGAAUAUGAGCUUGAUGCGGCCUGGGGUCGGUCCUGCUCCUUGUCGUCAACCCCCAGCGUACAAAGUUGCUGCUCAAAUGGCAAGAUUACACAGGCUAGGUCGUGCCCACAGCCACGAAGGAGUUACUUACCGCACCAAUCACGAAGAUGAUGACGAUGAAGCUCAAGUAUCUGCAGUGUAAAUAAAUCUACACAUCAUCGAAGAGGAAAAUCCCCGGCCGUCCUUUAUUUUACUCAUCAGUUUUCUUUGAUUCGUCUCUUGGAUCAUGAAUGAAUCGAUCAACGUCUCUUCCAAUAAAAGCGAGCGCAAUUUGAAUAUAUAUAGAAGAUAAUUGCGACAAAUUGUGAAGAAAAAAAGUCUUUUAAGAAUGUGCAUGUAGUGCUUCCCUAAUUGUCGACAUGAACCACAUUAAUUUAUAUACUUCCUUACUAACUCAUGCACUCUAUUGAUAUUAAGCUAGACUACAACAAAGAUCAAGAAAGAGAAAAAUACAAAGAAAAUAGUUAUUCAAAUUAAUAGCAAAAAUAAAAUGAUUUAUUCUUUUGAAUCAUUAAAUGACGAACAAAUAAAAUCUUUGAUUUGAUAAUCAAAGAACAAACGACACUCAAUUAUGAGUAAGGAAUAUAAAAAUAAUCUAUAUAAAUGUGUAAUAAAUUGAACCCAAAGAUGUUAAAUAUCCUGUAUCGCCGUGCACGUAACGGUGUUUGUAUUAUAUUAAUUUUAAGCUAGAUUUGUAAGCUCCUUAGUAUAUAAGUUGGUGUAAAUAGUUUAGCAAGUAGUUAUAAGUUAUCAUAAAAAGCGCAAAAGAGAUAUUAAGAGCUACGAAAGCGCAAAAAGCCGCAACUUAUGGCUAAGAAUUUUUAUUUCCCGGAUCAAAGGAUUUAUUUAAACGAAGAUUAACUAGUUGCAUGCUGCGAAAUGCGGACAAGACUUCAUAUAAUUUAUUUUCAAGUAGAUAAACUAAAAAAAAUUAUUUAAAAAAAAAAUUUAAUAUUAAUAAAAAUUGUGACAUUAGUUUUGUUAAUAUUUUUUGAGUAACGGACCUAAUUUUUGAGGAAUUAUAUGCGUUAAUGAAUGAAAAAUAAUUAGAGGUGGAGCACGUGUCAAUGGUGUCCUCGAAUUAUGAUGAAAAUCAACAAAAGAAAUAAAUACGAAUUAAGUAAAUUUAAAGGAAUAUUAGUUAACUAUAUAAAUAAAUAAAUAAAUAAUUGAAAUAACAUGCUAAUAAAUGCUCAUAAAACAGUGCACUUGAAUGUCAAAAAUUUCAAUUAGAAAUUUCGACAUUAAAGGACACUGUUCGGCUAGUCGGUAUGCCUAUAAUAUAUGAAAGAUCCUAAGGAAUCAAUCUAUCAAUGUAGAGUUUGAUAACUUGGGAACAGUAUUGAUGCAUAUUACAAACAAAUAUACAUAUAUAUCUCUUUGUACAUAUCCUUAAUAUGUUAUAAAAAUAUUACUCAACCUUUUAAAAAAAUCCACUUUCGUAAAAUGAAAUUUCUUUAUUGUCAUAAACUCAGAGUCAUUUGUCAUGUGACACAAUAUUGUACAAGUUUUGAAUGUUUAUAAUAUUUUGUUUAAUGCGGAAAGCACGUACCGCCAAUUUUUCAUUCCAAAUGCAUUUAAUGGAAAUUUAUUGGGCUUUCGAAUUAAAGUAACCCUUUGCGAUUUACAUACGAAAUGUAUUUUCUACUUAAAAAUUAUGCCAAAAUGUACAAUCCUUUAUGUCUUAUAAAUAUUUAAUAAUUGAUAAUGAAUAAUAAUUAAUAAUUAAUAAUCAUUUGUUAGAUUAAAAUAUUUCUAACGUAUACGUAAAAGGGUUCUUUUGAAAAUUCGAAAUUUAUUUAAAUAAACUAAAUAUGCAAUAGAAUAAAAAUUGCAACCAUGAUUUAACUAUAAACUUAAGGAACAAAACAAUUUAAAUGUUCAUGGUUGAUUGAAUAACAAAUUAAGAAAAUACACAGGCAGUCAAUGGUGAUAUAAUGUUCCUUUAGAAAAAGAAAAAAAACUUGUCGAUAACAUAAAAGAAAAUCCGUAGUUACAAACCAGAAAAUAUGUUAAUCUUCUUUGGAGGAUAUUUAUAUAUAGAGACAGUUUAUUAUUUUCUUCUACACGUUUUUAUUUAAUUUAUAAAUUAAAGUCUGUUGGUUUAAUUAUUUAUAACACGAUCAUGUGACUAAGACUACAUUGACAACAGUAACUUUUGAUGAAGAAAAAAAAACAAUCAUAAAAUCUUUUGUAUUUAAUUUGUUUAAUAAAACUCAAAUCAUAGUA